CAGUGCCUGCGUGAAGUUCGAUCGCAUGCGUUUCGCCAGUACUGGCGUGUCAAUAAUUCUGGUGCUCCUCAUGGCGGGCCGUAGGUUUUCUGGCAAGAAAAAAGAGCCGGAUGGCAAAAAACCCACUUCGACCAGCGGAGGUGCUCCCAAGUCCCCUUCACCUGCGAGUAAAGACUCGCGUGGAGGCGACGUAAACGCUGCUACGGGAAGCGCUGUUGAAGGUGCUGUUGGAGCAGCUUCCGAGGCCAGUCAAAGUACUUCUCAGAUACAAGAGAAUUUAGAAAGAACCGAUUCUCAGGCUGGAAUGGGGAUCAUUGAAAGAGCUCCUGAGCUAGUUAUCUCCGAAGAGCUGGGCCAGAUAAUAGAGGAAGAGAUCGAAGCCGUCACAGAGCCAUUGCCAAAUUCCGAUCCAUUAAGGGUCAAAUGUUCCGGUGCCCAAGGGGCAUUCAUACCCAGUGAAGUCCCAAGACUGGAGCCUUCGACCCCGAGACAAGAGCCUACCGCGAAUCAAACUUCAUUUAGCUGCGUUGUUGUAGCAGCGCCGAGACCACAAGCCCAACCUGUUCAGUCUCGUCCCUCUGGCUCCACAUCUAGAAGCUUGUCCGCCACAGGCACGCCGAGCAGUCGUGGCGAAAGCAUUAUUCUGGACUCGUACUUGCCCGAUCACACCAAAAAAGACUUCCUAGGAGUCCACCAAAUCCGAGUUCCUUAUCUGCCGGUCAGUGAAAAGCCAGCCCUCCUCCAGGAUACCGGUUCCUUCGGGUCAGCUUGGCAGGAGGUGCUCCUCCGCAACUCUGAUACUUUUUUCUUGGACGCUUUCACUUUCAACUAUCCCAGAAAAUAUAGCCCGGAUAUCUACGCCUCCAGAAUAACGAAGCAUCGUUCGAAUAUGCACGAGUUGAUAAAAGUAAUGGAAAGAAUUAUCAAUGCCCCGCAUGAGCUUCAGCUCCUAGACUAUAUAAGGUCUCAGGUUAUUAAGUCCCUUCCUUCCUACGUCAUGCGCGACAUCCGAAUGCGUUUGAUGCAGAGAGUUAGACACCAAGGAUUCUUCUCUUCAGAUGACUUGUUCAAAGAAACUUUCUCGAUUACUUCAACAUCAACACAGUACUCUCCCUACUUCACCCUGAAAUCCUUAAAAGCCAGCGACUUCAUAAUCAUCGCCGCACACACCUGCUUCUCCGCUGCGCUGGUCUUCCAUCAGCUCGCUGAAGACGCCCUCGACAAUGGAAGGCUGCUCUGCGUUGUUGCAUACGGUCGCUGGGGCCUUAGGAUGGCAGCGAAAUACGUGUCCAUCACGCACGAACUUGAAAGUUACUCAACUUUGGAGCUACUCUUCCACCAGGUCCUCACUACCGCCCUCGUGCGCUUAGCCGUUUACGCAGAUUUAGAUUUCGACGACCCGGGAGCUACCGAUGAAGUUGAAAGGGCCUUCUUCCCGAUCCUGGCUUUCCUGGACCAUCAAAUUGGGUCAGAGGACCCAGAUGCCUACAUGCCGCCAACUGAUUUCAAAGAGUUCGCCAUGAGCUUGCUGAUACUGAGGCGCAGCACCUUCAUCGAUAAACAGUUGGAGUUUGAAAGGCUUUUUCUUUUCUGCUUCCGGUCAUCGUCAAAAAUAAAUGAUUUAACGCUUCACAUGAAAGUUCCCAACCUAAGUAAUCUUGCCGGCGAUAACAAUCCAACUAUCCGUCAAAUCAUGGCAAUCCUGAUGGAGUUUGACAACUGGGAGGACCCUUUGAAUUAUUACUCUUCCAACAACUUGGGCUCGGUGGUGCUGCGCUACAAAGCCCAGAUCGCAAGCUGCAUAGCCAAUUUUGUCACGGACUACCUUCCUUGUUACCAGUAUGCUUUGAGCAAAGUGGCGCUUGCGAUAAAGCUGGAGCAGAUGAGGGUACCCAACAUAAAGAUCUGCUUCCACGAACAAUGUUUGGAGACGUUCACCUCCAUUCAGCUGGAUUGUGCCCUUCGAUGCAUGUGGGAACUUCAGAACGCGAACACAACACACGAAACUGUCGCUCUGCUCCAGCUAAUAACUGAGAAGAGAUUUGCGAGUUGGAUUCCAAUAAAGUUUGAUGAAGCCGCCAGCCUCUUCCUGGCCCACGUUCUCUUGGUGGACUACACGUGUGGCCUUGAAAGUCGUCUGAGCGAACCCUCCAUAAAAAAGUCCCGUACACACUCGCUGGACUGUAUGGCCCGACAGCCUUUAACCAAAUGGCUGUUCGAAGAAAUCAGCACCAAGAUCUGGGAUAGGAUGGAGAGACUGAUGCGCGUCAUGGAAAAAAGAUCCUUGCACGAGACGCUACGGCUGAUAAAGUUAGGUUAUUACCUACUGCCUGUCCUCAUGAAUUACUUCUCGAAGCACGAUCCUGACGCAAUGGUUGAAAUGUACGAACUUGCGAAACAAAACGUAGAUACACCCUUAUCAGAAACCAGAGAGGACUACAAGCACGUUAAAGAUCCCCACGCAUCUUUUGGACAAAAACAGCUUCACGACUUCACCAAAACCUACUUCAAUCAAUUUCCUCAACAUCGCCUUCAAUCUAAGUGGCCUAAAACCUGGAGAGUGGAGGACCCAAGAGAGUUUGAACAUGGAAACGACUCGCCUGUGUACGCGACAUUCAGCCAGAGAUGCAAAAUAGAUCAUUUCAAUCAGGUUUAUUCGAAAAAGUUGGCGGAAAUUAACCCCAAUGCUAGUCCUCAACCUCGAAACAUCGGCCCGGGGCAAAUGCAAAACUUCCCGUACGACGUUUUCCAAUCUGAUCUGAGCAAGCGAUCAGCACAGUUUGUUGUACGGUGCAAUGACUUCGAACUUGACUACAUCAAAAAUGAAUUGGACCUCAUAGAGGCAGCGGAUCCUGCCCAAAAAGUAGAAGACGUUCUCGAUUUCCUCCUCGUGAUGAUCAGCCUAAUUGGAGAAGUUUAUAAUUCACUCCUGGAAAUGAGAGAUGAAACGGUGAACCAGAUAGAGCGGGAUAUGCUACUUAACUGGGCAAGGACGGUAGACAAGUUAUUGGCAUCUACCGAGAGAUCCAGCAUCAGCAGAGACGAUCCCAUGAAGACCGUCUUUCGUAUUCUCCUGGAAGUUGCCUUCACAUUCGGCUUUCCGACUCAAGUUUACAUGAAUCACCAGCCCAGCCCUGGAGAUUAAUCACGGCAAAAUGCUUCCCCUGAUUAGCGUUUGUCCUAAUUAUUCAAAUGUUGAUGUUCGUUACGAAUUUUUUUCAAAUAAAUUUAUUUCUUCGUUUAGUUCUUGAUUCCUUGAUUUUACCCGUAAUUACGCUUAAUAUCGCGGUUAUGUGGUUCAACCUGUUCUAGAAUUUAGAAUUGUUUUCCUAAUUGCUAACAUCAGGCGUGAUAUUAAUAGGUACUGUAUGUUCUCCAGUACAAAUUGCCAGAAUCUUCAAUCGUCUGUAAUCUAUAGUAGUAGAUAUUUUUCACUUACCAUGGUUCUUAUAGAGUACGAAAAGCAUGAAAAUUUAAUGAUACGAAGAGCUUGUCUAUGUGCUAGACGAUAAUAUUCCGAGAAGUCCCUUCUACUGGUAACCCUACGGCAUCCUCUACGCCGCAACUGCUGCGGUUCGAAGCACCAGUUGACUGGCAAAUGUCCUCGAGUCAACGAUGCAAUCUAUUUUCCUGAGUUUUAACAAAAUAAAUUUCUAUCUCUGCGUAAUCAACCUGGCCAGUCGCAGUCUCUCAACAAAGCUACCUUUUCAGGGCGCAUGUUGGACACCAUGAACUUGCUACUCAAUAUCAGUAUGCCGCAGCCGAGGUUUCUAUUUCUAGUGUCUCGAAAUGGAAUAGUGUUCCAUUGAGACACCACGUGACGUCCAUGCGUGAAUCUAUUUGUUUAGUGACUUUAGUCUGAUGUCAAUGACAUCGGACUAAGUUACACAAUUGGCCAAUACAUUAAAAAUCAGUUUGAUUGUUUAGAAGUCAGAUUUUUUGGCCUCCUGAGGAAAUUUUUCCUUCUUGAAUUUAGUGUGAUGAAAGUUUCCGGAAGCACGGCGCUCCGUUGCUCUUCAAUGGAAGAGAACUUACGAGUUACGACAAGCAUCUCCAAGCCCAAGCGUCUCUUGCAAUAGCUGUCGAUAAGCCGUCGGUUCAUCGCGACCGCAACCUGGUACAUUGAUAUUCAAUAUUAAUUUAAAUAACCAUAUAACAAUAUCAGUUGCCCAGGAUUUGUCAUCAUCAUUGCAUGUCACUGAUACAAUAAAUGCACUUCACGCA